AUGAAGGAUAGCAUCAUCAACCCGCCGGAGAAGGACCCAAAUUCGAUCAUGACUGUAGCUGACCAAGGUCAGGGAGGUCUCAAGGAAAAAAAACGAUCAAAUUCGACCACUCCAUUGUCGAUUGCUCUGACAAAGGACAAUCCUGCCAUCACGACUCCCAAGCGCAUCAGCAAGCGAAACCCUUCAAAAACCGCCGAGGAUGGCGCAAUGAAAGGUCGCUCGCUCCUCCCAUCUGAAGUGGCCCAAGAGUCAACGCAAGCAACCCCCCCUUCCAAAACCGCCGAGGAUGGCGCAGUGCAAGGACGGCCGCUCGUUGCCUACAACAAGAACCUCAAGGUGUCCAAGUUCCACAGGCUCUACAAGAAGGCGUGGAGGAAAGAGGUUUUUGGAAACCAGGCAUUUAUUACUUGGUCUUCUCGCACGGCGGAAUACUCUGGUCGGGCAAUCUCCAAAUGCCCUGGCUGGUGGGCCGAUGUCAACAUGGAUCCAUCUUCCGACGCCCAAACCUACGACG